AUGGGAACGGUAAAAGAUGAAGAACGUAUGCGACGUCUACGUUUACUGGAGGAGAGGCUGUGUGACCCUCGUUCAACCGGCAACGUGGAUUGUCUCCUGGACACAGUCACAGCACUGAUAUCUGAUUGCGAUCACCCGGCCAUUCGACGUAUGAAAAACGUCGAAGCUUAUACCAGCAGAUAUGAGGAAUUUUCAUCAGACAUAGUUGACCUGCGUUUGAAAGCAGCAGAUUUUGAUCUUAUUAAGGUAAUUGGUCGGGGAGCAUUCGGGGAAGUACAACUAGUCAGGCAUAAAUCUACUAGAUCAGUUUAUGCUAUGAAACUUCUUAGUAAAGUAGAAAUGAUUAAAAGAUCUGACUCAACAUUUUUCUGGGAAGAGAGACAUAUUAUGGCACAUGCCAACUCUGAGUGGAUUUUAAAACUACACUUUGCAUUUCAAGAUCAAAAGUAUCUUUAUAUGGUCAUGGACUAUAUGCCUGGAGGUGAUCUGGUUAGUUUAAUGUCUAAUUAUGAUAUACCUGAGAAAUGGGCCAAAUUUUAUACGAUGGAAAUAGUCUUAGCUCUAGAUGUUAUUCAUGGAAUGGGUUUUGUUCAUAGAGACGUUAAACCUGAUAACAUGUUGAUAGACAAAUAUGGUCAUUUAAAGCUAGCUGACUUUGGUACUUGUAUGAGAAUGGGUCCUGAUGGACUAGUGCGUGCCAGUAAUGCUGUGGGUACCCCUGACUACAUAUCUCCUGAAGUACUGCAAUCCCAAAAUGGUGAAGGGGUUUAUGGUAGGGAGUGUGAUUGGUGGGCUGUUGGAAUAUUUUUAUAUGAAAUGCUUAUAGGGGACCCACCUUUUUAUGCUGAUAGUUUAGUAGGUACUUAUGGGAAAAUUAUGGACCAUAGAAAUUCCUUGCAAUUUCCUGAUGAUAUUGAAAUUUCAAGAGAUGCUAAAUCACUUAUAAGAGGUUUGCUGACUGAUAGAGCGAGAAGACUGGGCAAAAAUAGUGUUGAUGAAAUUAAGCAGCAUCCUUUUUUUAUUAAUGACCAGUGGAGCUUUGAAAAUCUAAGGGAUUCAGUGCCACCAGUUGUGCCUGAGCUUUCUAGUGAUGAUGACACCAGGAAUUUCGAUGACAUUGAUAAGUCAGAUGCUUUAGAUGAAUCUUUUCCAGAGCCUAAAGCUUUUGUAGGAAAUCAUCUUCCUUUUGUAGGAUUUACUUACAAUGGUGACUACCAACUCUGUGGGGGAAGAAUUAAACCAGCCGAUGUUGUAGACACUAUAUCAAAUAAUCAUAUAAAUAAUGUUGGAUCUGAAGCUAUACUACAAUUAGAAAAAUUAUUAGAGAGGGAAAGGGAUGCAAGAAGAAAAUUAGAAGAUAGGCAAGUGAUGUUAUGUAAUCAGUUAGAAGACAUGUCUCAGAGAGAAGUUAGAAAUAAGAAAAUUAUUGCUGACACAGAUAAGGAACUGGCCUUAUUAAAACAUGACCUGAAGGAAAUUCAAAGAAAGGCCGAAAUUGAAGCUGACACAAGACGAAAAGCAGAAAUGAAUUAUAAUGAUGUUAAACGACGAUUAGAUGAAGAACAAAGUAAGAGGGUGAAAGAGAUGAGUAGUUUACAAAUUUACAAUGAAAAGAUUAACAUCUUGGAAAAGCAGUUAACUGAAAUGCGCGAGAAGUUAAAACAGGAGUCAGAAGCUGCAGCUAAAUCUAGAAAGCAGGCAGCAGAAUUGAGUGCAGCACAAGCAGCAGCAGCAGCAGCUAGUGAUGGUACUGUAGCAAGCUUGAGAGCCCAGCGCGAUGCUUUAGAGAGGGAAUGUAGUUCACUCUCUGAGGAAUUGGGUACAGUAAAGGCAGCUAAACAACGUUCAGAAGCAACUGUUGUUGAGUCUACAAGUAGAUUAAAUGCUGCUCAUGUUGAAAUGGAAAGAUCUGCCUCAAAGAUAAACCAAUUACUGGCUGACAAUCGGCAGCUAUCUGAGCGUGUAUCUUCAUUGGAAAAGGAAUGUACCUCUUUAUCUCAUGACCUUAGGACAUCUCAACAUUUGUAUCAGCAAGAAGUAAGAGCACAUCAGGAGACACAACGAUCUCAACUAUUGUCUAAACAGGAAGCCAACUUAGAGCUAGUGAAGGCAUUGCAAGGAAAGUUGAAUGAAGAGAAACAAGCAAGACAGCGAGCCGAGGCCGGUUCACAAGAAAAAGAUAGACAAAUGUCUAUGCUAAGUGUAGACUAUAGACAGAUGCAGCAACGCUUGCAAAAAUUGGAGGGUGAACAUAGACAAGAAGGUGAAAAGGUGGCAGGCCUUCAAGCGGCGCUAGAGCAAGAAAGAGACGCUCGGCUAUCCGCGAGCGCAGAAACAGCAGCGGCUGAAAGUAGUGCGCGUGCGGCGGCAGCUGAAAGAGAUUCACGUGCACGUGAAGUUAUAGCUGUUCGCGCGGCUUUGCACGAUGCAACUGAAAAGCUUGCGGCGGCUAGCGCUGAACGUGAUAUGCACUAUGCAAGGAGCGAAGAACUACGCUCCCAGUUGGAGAACGAGCAACACUACUGUGUUAUGUACCGAACGCAGGCGAACGAUGCGCGUGCGCAACUCGACGAGAAUGCCCGCGCUAAUCGCGACCUUGAACAAGAGCGGGCCAGUCUUAUGCAUCAAUUGCAGUUAGCGAUUGCCCGGGCAGACUCGGAGGCUAUUGCUAGGUCCAUAGCGGAAGAGACAGUGGGUGAACUAGAGAAAGAGAAGACGAUGAAAGACCUGGAGAUGCGGGAGGCUCUCACUCAGCAUCGAAGUGAAUUAUCAGCAAGAGAUGCUUUGGUGCAAGGUCUUAGGGACCGGGAUCAUGAGAAUAGAGCUACUAUUGACCUACAAAGGAAGGAAGUGGACGAGUUGCGCCGGAGCGGUACAGCUUUAGCAGAGCGCGUAGCAACAUUACAGCGUCUCCAGGAAGACGUUGACAGAUUGAACAAGAAACUCAACUCUGAGAUCAUGCUUAAGCAACAGGCUGUUAAUAAGUUGGCCGAAAUCAUGAACCGGAAAGACAUGAACCCAGCAUCCACGAAGAACAAGAGCAAGAUGUCCGUACGCAAAGACAAAGACUAUCGCAAGCUGCAGCAGGAGCUGACGAGGGAGAAGGAGAAGUCGGACCAGCACAUCUCCAAAUUGCAGAGGGAUCUUCAGGAAUCGCAGCAGCAGCUCAUCGAGGAACAGCAGACGAGGCUUCGACUCGCUAUGGAGGUUGACAGCAAAGACGCAGAGAUAGAACAACUCAAAGAGAAGCUGGCCGCGUUGACCAGCGAAACAGCAUCUCAAUCGUCGGCUGAUGCGGAAGACGGAGAAAUGGAACAGACCCUCGAGGGAUGGCUUUCAGUUCCAUUCAAGCAGAAUAUAAGGAGACACGGCUGGAAAAAGCAGUACGUGGUUGUGUCUUCUAAGAAGAUCAUCUUCUACAAUACAGAGAAUGACAAGCAGAAUACAACUGACCCGGUCAUGAUAUUGGAUUUGAGCAAAGUAUUCCACGUUCGGGAAGCCAGGAGACCUGGAGACGCACAGGAUCAGCCCACUGAUGGAGUAGAUCAUACUGGUAACACAGUACAGCAUAAAGGGCAUGACCUCGUCAGCAUAACGUAUCACAUCCCGACGGCCUGUGAAGUCUGCACUCGACCACUUUGGCAUAUGUUCCGUCCACCGCAGGCCUACGAGUGCCGACGCUGCCGUAUGAAAGUGCACGCCGAGCACGUGUCGGAGGCGGGCGGGGAGGGCGUGGCAGCGUGCAAGUUGCACGCGGAUAGAGCGCGUGAGCUGCUGCUGCUGGCACCGGUAGCGCAGGAGCAGCGGCGCUGGGUGGCCCGACUGGCCCGCAGGGUGCAGCGGUACGGAUAUAGGGCUGCCCACAACCAUGACCAUACCAAGUUGUCGCCAAGAGAUUCGAUGCGAUCCAAUCUCAAAGCGGCGUACAUGAACGCAUCGCAGCGUAGUUCGACUUUGCCCGCUAACACGGCUCUACCGAGGCAGUAA